UAGCAGAAAUCGAAAGUGAAGCCGGUUCAACGUCGUUGUUUUUCUUUAGAGGUGACAACUCGAAGGGACGCUUUUCGGCUACAAGAAUACACGAAUAAAUCGGUCAUUAAGUGGGUGUUCUAUGGCGUUUAUUUGGACUGAGAAAACUACUGUAAACAAUGGAGCUGAACAUUUCAACAAGACACUACCGAGGCUCAAAAGCAUACUUCCCACCCCAGGACCAGAACACCAUGGCCUGUAUAAUCAAGGGGCAACGUGUUAUUUGAACAGUGUGCUGCAGGUCCUCUUCAUGACUAAAGAAUUCAGAGAGGCUGUUGAAAGUAAUAGGCCUCCUCAAGAAGAAGACACUGUUGAUCUUCAGCUGAAAAAGUUGUUUACAACUUUACGUGAAAUUGAAACUAACACAAAGGGCAUCUCAUCAAUACUAGGCAUUGAUGAUGUAUACAAGCAAUGUGAUGCGGCUGAGUAUUUUGAGAAGAUUUUAGGCAUGGUCAAUCCUGAAGUGUCAAAGAUCUUCAAAGGACAAUUGAGGCACAUCACUACCUGUUUAGGAAAACAUGUGAUGAGUGAUGGAUUUGGUCCAUUUUGGACACUGCCCCUCUCAAUAGCAGAUCCCUCUGACUCUUACAAAACCUACAGUGUGAAAGACGGCUUUAAGGAGUUCUUCAAGUCUUCAUCUGUCACAGGGGAAAACCAGAUGUACUGUGAUGAAUGUGAAAAGAAAUUAGAUGCAACCAUUGAAUGCAAGAUGGAAUAUCACCCAGAAAUUCUUACUCUGCUCCUCAAGCGGUUUGAAUUUGACUACUACAGCAUGUCAUAUGUCAAAAUCAACUGCUGCGUGGAUGUUCCUCACACACUACAAACAGAGAAAUGUGAAUAUGAACUCUAUGCGAUUGUGGACCAUUUCGGAAGUCUUGGAUGUGGACACUACACUGCUAAGAUCAAGUCCUUUGAAGAUCAUAACUGGUAUGAGUUCAAUGACUCAUACGUUACAAAGGUCCAACCAGCUCCACUGAUUGACAGUUCUUGGAGUGCUUAUCUACUGGUGUACAGGAAAUCACAUGCUUCAGAUCGUGAGAACCAUGGAACCAACCAAGUUCACGGUUCACUCCGAGAGGAUGGGGUUACAGAGGUUGGAGAGCAUGUUCAAAUAAAGACAAGUGGAGAUGAUCAUCACGGUGUUGAUGGAAAUAAAGGACAGGGACAACAUGUUGCGGUCAGAAGAAAGGAAAAUGUAGGAAAGGCAGAUACAGGAAGAGAUGAUGAUUUGAUAGAGAGAAGACAGGAGAUAGAUGCACACAGGAGAGAGGAUGUGGAUGGAACAAGACGGUAUGAUGUUGUUUUGAUAACAGAGAAACAGCAGACUCCAGAGAUAUGUCGGAAAUUAGGCAAAUUCCGUGUGUUUCAUCAUGACUAUAUUUUGCCCAUCAGGUAUUCAUCAUUGAAAGAAGAGGAAAAUGCUGUGGAGAAAAUAGAACAGGAUGAUGUAGUGAGAAGGGUAGAUAAGGACAGAGAGGGUGUCAUGGUAAAGGGAGAAACGCAUCUCGGUGAGACAAAGACAAGUCUGACCAAGUACGGAGAGUCUUCCAGCUCUACAAAUAGGUGUGAGACCAUCCCAUCACACCAAGAGUUCAAUGAACUCAGAAGGAAAGAAAUGCAAAGAAGAAAGGACGAAAAGGAUGCCAAUUACAGUCAGUUCCUUGCUAACGUUCAGGACAACAAGCUGAGAGAGGUUCUUGAGAGGCAGAAGAAGAACAAGGCUCACUGUGGUUUCAGGCGCUUCUGGGGUGUCCGUGGCAAGUACACCAAGGCCAUUGGUCGCAGUGGUCGCGUCCUUGGUAUGUCUAAGAAGAAGUAAACUAUGUCCCAACUCCCCAUGUGUCAAUAAAUGCCACAGUUCACACACAAAAACGAUGCAAGAAGAAUGAAAAGAGAAGUGUAGAAGAGAUGGAGCUUUUGGGUAAAGACAAGAAAAGAAGAAAGAGAAACUUCAGGGAAGGAGAGGAGGGAAUGGAAAAGAAGUGAGAUGGCUAAAUUUGAAGUUUCUGUUUUGUCCAAUUUGAAAACUGGAAGAGGAAUGUAUGGAAUAUGGAAUAUAUUCUGAUUUUGGGUACAAUUCUGCCUUUAACCCUGUGUUAUCUUUUUAUAUAUGUUUAACAACUAACUUUAACUAAAGUCCUGUUAUUAGCCUCUUUUAUGUUCAACUUCGUUCAUCACUUUACUCAGAUGAAUUUCUUGUCCAAGUGUUUACAAAGUACUAUAUAUUAAAGAUGCUUUGUAUGUAGAGAAGAACUUAGUCCUGAUCUUAAUUCUUGAAAUACUUCACAAGAGGUUUAGAGAUCAUCCUUAGUCUGACAUUUUAAAACGCAAAAUAUUAUUCUUGCAUUUUAGUAGACACUUCAUUUUUCUCACCCCCUUUUUUUGCUCCCAAUUUCAAUUAUGAACUCGUCUCAUCGCUGCAACGCCUCAACGGGCUCGGGAGAGGCGAAGUCAUGUAUCCUCCGAAAUAUGACCCACCUAACCGCACUUUUUAACACCCAUCAGCUUAACCCGGAGCCAGCCGCACCAAUGUGUCUGAGGAAACACCGUUCAACUUGCGACCGGGGCAAAGGAAAGCAACCCCGGCCAAAGCCUCCCCUAACCCGAACGACGCUGGGCCAAUUGUGCGCUGUCCUAUGGAACUCCCGGCCACAGCCGGUUGUGUCACAUGAACCCGGCGGGUCUGUAGUAACUCCUCUAGUGCAGCGAAGCAGUGCCUUAGAUCACUGCACCAUUCAGGAGGCCCUUUAGUAGACACUUUUGUCCAGUGCAAUUAGGGUUAAGUGCUUGCAACCUUUCGGUAACUGGCCCAGCACUAGGCUAACUGCCACCAUACAUCUUUAAAUAAGCAUAUAGAAACUGUACUUUUGCAGGUUGUCAAAUCACAGCCUCACAGCGCAGGUUUAAAGACAGAUGAUUUUUUAGGUAUCAUUAAUAUUCUCCCUCGGCAGACGGGUUGCGUCCCACACAAUGCUCCGUCAUAAACUAGUGCUGUUGCCUAGGUCUGUUUUUUUCGAGACGAUAUCAUUGAUAACAACUUUAAUACUUUAGUACUGGGUGGAGUACUGCGUACAGAGACCAAGGUACACUGACCUGGGAUAUCAGCUGAAUUCCAGUAAAUAUCACUAUGGCAAUGGAUGACAAAAUGGAAAUACAAACAAACAAAUGAAUCAAAAAUAUAGUUGUCAUUUUGUCUGGCUGUAAAGGUAAAAUCUCAAAAGGAAAAGCCAUAGAGAAAGAUAAAAUGUAUUAAAGUAUCAUAAAUGGAAAUUGCUGACAAGUACCACCUUAAAAGGGGCAAUCUGCAGUUCCUACAUCAAUGCCAUCCUGUCUGAUGUUCAGACUCUGCUUGCAGAUGUAAGAGAAGAAAUCUGUGCCGCCCUGCCAAAUUCACUGUUGCCCCAAGCAGAGGAAACUGCAGUUCUGAACCACAUCAGAAAGCGUGAAGACUUCUGCCCCCAAGUAUGCUGGCAAGAGCAUCCUGUCUGGUGCAGAGAUCAACAAGGCCUAUGUUGUCAUCACUGCCGUGUCUCACCACCUUGGCCUGGAUGAGGGCAAGGUUUUUGGCAGUCUGGCGAGGUACUCUUCCAUGCAAGGGCUUUGGGAUAGAGAUGCAAUAUAGCAGUCGUGCCAACAUAUCUCAUCAGCCACCUGGUGGAAGGGACUUUGUGGAUCUGAGGCUCAACAUCAGAUGCCUCAGAGCGCAACUGGUCCUUGUUUGGGAACACACACCAAAGCACGUAACAGGCUUACCAAUACAAGGGUUAAAAAUUGGUGGCCAUCCGGGAAAAUUUGAGGCUUUUUGAGCCUGACAACGAGCCAUCCUCAACAAGGUCGGAAAGUGACAG